CACGAUUCCUACAACUUUUAUGCAACUAAUUAACAAAAAACACGAACAUUAACAUAACGUGAAUUAAAAUAGCAACUAGAAAACCAUCACAUAAAUCAUAUCGCUGUAACUUUAGGACCCGACUGGAGGCGCGCGAGGGCCCGACGAGCAGGAACCGGAAAUGGAAUUAUACUGAACCGGAAGUUCCCAACAAACACACAACGCUAGCCCCAGUGGCUCCAUUUUUUUGGUGCUAGCGUUGAACUGCCGUCGUUCGACUUUAAAAAAAUUUGUAUAGACACAUUUGUCUUCCUCUUUAUUGUUAGAUUGUAACAACCCAUUUUCCAAGAUGGGGGGCGGCGAUCUGAACUUGAAAAAGAGCUGGCAUCCCCAGACUAUGAAAAAUAUUGAACGUGUUUGGAAAGCUGAGCAGAAACACGAAGCCGAAUGCAAGAAGAUCGAGGAGCUCCAGAAGGAGCUGAAGGACGAACGAGCUCGAGAAGAAAUCACCAAAUUUGCACAACAAGCCGGUUCCAUGAAGAAGAAGGAUGACCGCCUGGACUGGAUGUACCAGGGCCCCGCCGGCCAGGUCUCCAGGGACGAGUAUCUCAUGGGACGUUCCAUCGACAAGCAGAUCACCGACCAAUUCGAGGAGCAAGAGAGCGGUCCGUCCGCUGAGACCGGCCUCCUGCCGGGGUCCAUCUUCAACCCCACCACCCCCGCCUCAAACCUCGACCUGGCGGCCAAGAUCAGGGAAGACCCCCUGUUUGAAAUCAGGAAACGGGAGGAAGAAAAGAAGAGAGAAGUUUUGAGUAAUCCAGUGAAGAUGAAGAAAAUCAAAGAAAUGCUGCGCCAGAAUCUCAACAUGAUAGACAAGAAGAAGAAGAGGAAGAAGGGAAAGAAAGAGAAGAAAGGAGACAAAGAGAGAAGAAAGGAGAAGAAGCACAAGAGGCGGAGCUCCAGCUCCGGCUCGGUUGAGGAAGACGAGAAAAAACACAGGUCACGUUCCCGAGAUGAAUUUUCAGCCGGCGCCAAACAUCGUUCCCAUCACCAUCAUCCCGGCUACGGCCUGCAGGUCAGUGAGGCAGUAUUUCAUUACACACAUUAUUUAUUUGUAUUUUUAAUCUUUCUUUGGACCAGAAGUCCUCACGAUGUCCGUCUUCCCUCAAAGUUCCCGGCCGGCAGACGCCACCAGCCCUCGGGGAGGAGCCGCUCCCCGUCGCCACACGGGAACAACCACGACUCCUCUUCCUCACACAGAGGCGACCGGAAGGUUGAGCCCAGCAGCCAACAGGCAGAGCGCUACCAGAGGCAGAGGGCCCCCGUGUCCAGGAAGCUCUCUCCAGAGGAGCUGGAGCGCAAGAGGCGGGAGAUGAUGGACCACGCCAAGCAGCGGGACGAGGACCGGGAGAACAACGUGAAGAGGUACAAGAGGCAGGAAGAGCAGGAGAAGCUGCAAGAACUGAACGUCAAGUACGACCGCCACGCCGGCUUCAUCCAUCACAUGAAGCUGGACAGCGCUGCGAGCUCUUCUGUCGAGGACCGGGUGAGGAGGAACAUCCACUCCAUUCAGAGGACGCCAGCCUCCCUGGACAACUUCAUGAAGAGAUGAAGACGUUUAAUACAGAUGGUCUGAAUGAAAAGGCUCGGGUAUGCCACCCACUCCCUCACUUGUCUCUGAUGUAUUGAAGCAGAUGUGUGUGUAUUCAUGCAUUGGGGUGUGUAUUAAUGCAUUGGGGUGUGUAUUAAUGCAUUGGGGUGUGUAUUCAUGCAUUGGUGUGUAUUAAUGCAUUGGGGGGUGUAUUAAUGCAUUGGGGUGUGUAUUAAUGCAUUGGGGUGGUACGAGUUUGUCAUAAGUUCGAACAAGGAACUACCGGCUCCAAACCUACCAGGUGCUUUUAUUUUGAAAAGUAUUUUCCAUAACGGUAACAUAAUUUACAUUUCAGGCUAUAAUGGCUGAUCUGUUCUAGUUACUUUAACAGCCCUUUAAUAUCCAUGUAAUCAGAACGUUGUAUAAUAUAUUGUUUUGGUUUUUACCAUACAAUAGGACCUGCGUUUCAGGUUUUUGUAAUGUGUGUUUGUUACUUCGUGUUGUUACUGAGUGACAAAUGGAAUAAAAACAUUUUCCCAC